CCUCACAGCGCCGAGCCCGCCUUGCAGAACUGCGACGGCUUAUGCUGCGCCGCAACAUCGACUUUGCAGCACCGGUGGCCGGGAUGGGAAGAAGCCGUGCUUCGUCCUUCUUGCAUCGUCGGUGGCCGAUGCGGUCUCGAUGUUUCGUCACCGGGGGAGAAAGUGUGGGAUACAAAAGAGAGAGCGGCUGUUGGGAAGAUAAGAUGGAGAGAGCUUCGAACGAUGCCGACCUCUUUGUGGUGGCCGGCCUUAUGGGAGAGAGAGCCGAGAGGAAGAGGUUGGGGAUAACAGAGGCGACAGAGGUAGGAGACGAAGGAGACGAAAGGAAAAACGAGUGGCUGUUGGGGAGAUAAGGUUGCGCGAGCGAUGGGUGGGUCUGAUAGAGACACAUGGAGGACGCAGCACGCGGCUUAUUUUCUGAGAAAUCAGUCGGAUGAAAACAAUACUUCAGUUGACAUUAUCUGGAGGAAACCGGAACGAGAAGUGGCAACUCCGAUCCAGGCAUGGGCGAUGAAUUUGAGGCUUUCUCGGAGGAGGAGCUUCGACGGCGGCCAGAAGUAAGGAUCAUCAACAAGUAUGCGCUCACUGUAGCGUACAUUAGAUUUGCCCUGAAAUCUAUCGGGGCCCUGUUGCUUUUGUGGGCCACCGUCGUCCUCCUCGGCGGCUUCGUCUCGUCGCUGAAAAGGGUCGAUUUUUGGUACCUGACCACCAUCGCGUUCCUGCAGGCUGCCGGGGUAUUUGACGUGAUGGGAGAUGCUCGCUUUGCAUUCUUUGAGGAUUGGCUUGAUUCGCUUAUGCAGAAUGUUGAGUCGUAUCAUCUUGAGCAUACCCAGUUGCGUAUGAGACAAUGGCUGAAAAGAAAAUUACAUAUGCUAAUAGAUAUCAUUCUGAUCGUGAUAUUUUUACCAGCGGUGUACUUUGCUCUUGCUGGGCCAGUUCUGUGCAUUGUGCUAUCGGCGAUUCGCGUAGCAAACCAAGGCUAUGGUAUCGCCGACGGAGAAACAAGUAAAGCAAAUUUGAAUCGGGCGCUGGACUUAUACUACUACGUAUCUCUUGCUCACGGCACAAUAUGCUUAUUGUGUAUGCUCUCUGAAGUCACUGCUAAUGAAGUCGUCGUAGUUUCUCUUUGGCUACGACAUGGUUUCAGCCUCGACCUACUUGACGGAUACUUGCGCGAAACCAAGCAGAUGUGUGUACACAACCCCGCAUCCAUAAUGAACUGGAAUUUGAUCACGUAUGGUGCCAGCUUGCUAGAUUCCCAAUCACCGGAGGACUAUGUGGCUGGAGGAAGGGUACUAACUAUGCUGAUUGAUCAGGGCAUGCCGUUAUCUAUAAGACGGCUGAUGAUCAGGUCACCGAGAGAAAGAAUUCAGAAGAUGAGAUGGCUUGCAGCAAGGAUUGUGGAGCAUCUCGCCGCUGACAUCAACCUUACUCACUUUCCAGGAGCACUAGAAUGCAUAUCCUCCCUCUUUGACACCUCAUGUCAUAACAAUGGUGAUCAGGAAGCUCUUCAUUUGCCUUUUGUAAUUGGACAUAGCAAGCAGAAGAGAAGGAUAAGUUUGCUAGACAGAGUUGUUGCUGCUACACUGGAGGGUCUGCUUAAUUCCAGGUCCUUUCAGCGUCAAUUCCGUGUACAAUUGAUUCGCAGGUAUGUCAGAAAGCAGCAGCACAACAGUGAGGAUCUGGUCUUGCCAGGCUUAAGAAUUCUAGAGAACCUGGCUCACGACACACAUAACUGCACACUGAUAUACAACACCAAGGGUCUUCUUUCAAAAAUAGUUGCACCUGUCAGCUCCAACGAAUUUGUGCAAGAUACCAAGAGCAGCGCUGCAUGGACCAAGGUGGUAGACGGAUCACUGAAAGUGGUGAGCCGGCUCAUGAGUUCUUCGGGAAGCACUGGCAUAAAGAUGCACAGACUAAUUGCGAACAAUAGUAAUGCAGUCAAAAACUUAGAGGCCAUUCUGGACAUGGAUAUGAAGAGCAAAAGUGGGAUCAUAAAGCUACAGACGCAAGCUCUAGAGGUUCUUACACAACUAACCUUGCACCAUCCAGCAAGUACUUCUGCAGAAAAACUUAUUAAGAAGGCGCUACACAUCUUCCUUACCGCAGAUUGGAUGAGAGAUUAUUUGGAACACGAGAAAAGGAACAUCGACCAACCAACUACAAUCCAACAAAAUAUGUCAUUAAGACCGUCAAUGCGAUCACGUUUGAGUAAUCUUAUUAAGAAGGCCAAUGGAGCAUGGGCGAGAGAGAAGAUGGCCGAACAAGCCGCAAAAGAACGUGUGGAAAAAAAGAUGAAAGAAGCUCAGGAAACUGCAAUCCAGCAUAAAGAAAAGGCUGGUGAAGCGUUGGCCAGGAUAUCCAGUGAUUCAGAGGCUAUCAAGAGCUUCACAGGAGGCAACAAUGAUGUCCUUGGUCUUACUGAAUUGCUUGACUCCAAUAUUAAGACCAUCAAAUGCGAAAUAAGUGCAACAGAUAGUGUGGAAAUAAAGAUCAACACGGGCUGUCGUAUUAGCGCAGAAAUCAUUUUGAAGCAUUUGAGAAACUACGAUAAGGAAACAACCUUACGCAAGGUACUUGCAGAAUUAAUUCCUAUACAGGCAGAAGCGAGUAGCGCAAGCACGCCGCGGUGGUGUGGGCAUGCCAACUCUUGCUCUUGCCUUGGGAACGGCAUAGAAAACGGUGCCAUCUCUUGUGUUAUAUCAUUUGGAACCGGGGUGGCGGCUGGUUGCUUUCCAAAAAAACCAAGUGAUGGUGAGCAAGACAAGCCUUCCGCUUCACUUAGCUACCACAUCCAGCAGUGUUGGGAGAGGAGGCUCCAAGCUGAGCUGUUAUCACUCGUCGCGGGGAUCCUUGCAAAUGGCAAUUAUAAUUUUGCAGAAGUUUUAAUAUCGCCACCGGCUUCAGAUAGCCUGCUGGAAGACUUUGUGAUGAGGCUCAAGAAGAUGGUGGAAGACAACUCAUAUGCCACCCCGGCAUGCCUGGCAAUACAGAAGCUCAUCUGUGAGAUGGUUACAGGAUUUCUCCAACAUGAUGGAUACGUCGAAGUGAUCGACAAGCACAAUAUCGUUGCCACAUUACUGGAGGCUUCAGAGGUGAUGGACUGUCUUGAGAGCAGCAUGCUUUUCUCUGGUGUCGAUCAUGACUGCCACGGGGUUCCUCUGAAGCCUCUUUCUUCUGUUCUCGCAAAAAAUUCCGAAGAUCUUUUGGCACAGAGGAAACAGGCUCUGGGCAUCAACAUUGUGCCUGUCAGUGCCGCAAUACCGUGAUUGCUGCAUUACAGAGUAUCUUUGCAUAUUAAAAGUACUGGAACGGGUAUUGAAUUCUCGAUGUGAUGUAUGCUUGUUGUUUUUUCUUCUUUUGUUUCCUUUGCGGAUUUGUGAGGCUUUGUAAUAAUAACUGGUGCGGUGGGCAUCAACAUUGUGCCUGCUGGCGUACCCAUUCAGCUUGUAGCUGCCAAUUAAUGUCCUGUUGAAUGUUUAUGCAGGUCUCACUCACGUGCUACUUCUACUCAAACUUGCUUAAUUUAAUUUGUAGCUAUCCAAUGUUGACAUAUGAACUGGCAGAACUAUCUUAAGUUGCAACUAUCCGAUGUUUUUCCUUCAGCAAGAAGUCAGGUGACACUUAGAACAAAACUGAACUUUUUAUCCCUGUGGUCUGUGGACACUACACUUCGACGCCACAGCAACCUAACAGAUAUGAGGGGAGGGGCAGCCAAUCGCUGCAGCGCAUCAAUAAGUUCAGAAGAGUAAAAGUCACUGGCAAUCAGUCAAUCAAGUUGGGGUUUGGACGCGACCCAGAGUAACGAACUGCAAACUGGACAGAGCAGAUUCAGAGUGGAUUGAUGAAGCUUACA